AUGAAAGCUAUAGCGAGGAGUCACGUCUGGUGGGACUCCAUUGAUGACGACAUCACUGCUACGCUUCGGAGUUGCCGUGUCUGCCAGGAGCAACAAACAGCUUCCCGAUGCGUGCCUCUGACACCAUGGCCUUUGCCAGAACGUCCGUGGUCACGCCUGCACGUUGACUACGCAGACCCCUUCAAGAGUCGUUAUUACCUCGUCGUUGUCGACGCGUACUCAAAGUGGAUGAGCUGCCAGAUGGACGUUAUUGGAGGCGUCAUCAGGAGCACCUCCGCCGUGAUCUUGGGAUUGAGUUGGGUCAACACCCAUCUUACCAACAAGGGUCCGGAAGUCUAUCCUCAUCGCCGCCUCGGCCCGCUUCUGUCACGAGUUGCCGCGAAUGUCCUCGGAAGUGAACAUCACAACAGCAACAACAACAAGACGGAAGAGUUCAAAGCCAACGGGUCGCAGAGACAACUUGAUCCAAGCCUCGACUCGAAGCUCCCGAGCGUCCGCGUCCGUUCAGUUUGA